AAUCGCACUGCUAUGAACUCUCUCCUUCCGCUACAAUCACCGUCCCGUGCCGUUUUGUGAUCGCCCCGCCCCGAUGCUUCACAGCCUCCGCCCGCGGCCCUCCCUCGAUGAUGCCGCCGCCUCCUCCUCCUCCUCCAUGAGAUCCAAGCGUCCUGGCCGCGAGCCUUCAUCCUCCUCCUCCACCGUCGCCGGCGCCGCCACGCCCCCCUCCGACCUCGACGACGACCGCGCAGCCAAGAAGCUCCUCCAGCAACCGGAGGCCGAACCUCCAGCCGCCGCCGCCGCCGCUUCCGCCGAGGAGUCGGCCUCGGACGGCGGCUCCCUUGGCGAGGAAUCCCGCGGACUCCGCCUCCUCGGCCUCCUUCUCCGCUGCGCCGAGGCGGUCGCCGCCGACCAGCUCUCCGAGGCCCACGACCUCCUGCCCGAGAUCUCCGAGCUCGCCUCCCCUUUCGGCUCCUCCCCCGAGCGCGUAGCUGCCUACUUCGCCGACGCCCUCCGCGCUCGCAUCGUCAGUUCCGUCCUUAGCGCUUACUCCCCGCUCGCUGCCACAGCCGCCGAUGCCGCCGCCGCCACGCAGCGCCGCAUCUCGCAAGCCUUCAACUACUACAACGCCAUCUCUCCCCUCGUCAAGUUCUCCCACUUCACCGCCAACCAGGCCAUCUUCGAAGCCCUCGACGGCGAGGACAGCGUCCACGUCAUCGACCUCGAUAUUAUGCAGGGACUCCAGUGGCCGGGCCUCUUCCACAUCCUCGCCUCCCGAUCCGACGUCAAGCUCCGUUCCCUUCGCCUCACGGGCGUUGGAUCCUCCAUCGAGCUCCUUGAGGCCACCGGCCGCCGACUCUCCGAUUUCGCCGAGGCGCUUGGCCUUCCCUUCGAGUUCCGCCCCUUAGAGGGUAAGAUCGGUCACCUCGCCAAUUCAGCCGCCCUCCUCGCCCCCCGCCACCACCGCGAGGCCACCGUCGUCCACUGGAUGCACCACUGCCUCUACGACGUGACCGGCUCCGACACCGCCACGGUUCACUUCCUCAAGCAGCUCCGCCCCAAGCUCAUCACCAUCGUCGAGCAGGACCUCUGCCACCGCGGCGGCUUCCUCGGCCGCUUCGUCGAGGCGCUGCAUUACUACUCGGCCCUCUUCGACGCCCUCGGCGACGGAACGGCUCCGGAGAGCGCCGAGCGACACGCCGUAGAGCGCCAGCUACUCGCGCUCGAGAUCCGCAACAUCGUGGCGGUGGGCGGCCCAAAGAGGACAGGCGAGGUGAAGGUGGAGCGGUGGGGCGACGAACUAAGCAAAGUCGGCUUCCGCCGCGCGUCCCUCGCCGGCAGCCCAGCCGCCCAAGCCAACCUCCUCCUCGGCAUGUAUCCAUGGAAAGGCUACACCCUCAUCGAGGAGAACGGCUGCUUGAAGCUCGGCUGGAAGGACCUCUCUCUGCUCACCGCCUCCGCCUGGCAGCCGCCCAACAACCUCAAAGAAAACGAAAAAAUCCAACACAUCUCAUAAAAAGAGAGAGAGAGAGAGAGAGAGAGGGUUAAACCUAUUCCUCAAUUCACCGGAUUCAUCUCUCCCCCAUUCAAUCUGAUCAUUCCCUAUCAAAGAAUCUUAAAAAUUGUUCCUCUCUUCUCGUUAGAACACGAAGAAGGUGAAGAUCUUAAAAAUUGUUCACUGAGGAAGUGAGUCAAAACCCUGCUCACCAUGGAGGGUCAAUCUGCAGUAACUGCUAGUGAGCCAUGGUGAGUCACAGAGGAACAUGCAUAAUUCUGGAGGAAGAAGACAGAAAGAGGGACGAAAGGAAUAGCUCACCAUGGCUGUUCUGGACAGGCUCCAAUCAUGGAUUGAAACUGGUAAGUCACAGCCACUCCUUGGUGAUAAUUUUUGGCAGCAUCAAUUGACCUGGGGAAUCUGAUAGAUCCAUUGGCUGGCUGGUGUGGUCUGUGGUGUGGUGUUUGUUUGCUGAUCAAUUGCGAGGAUAUUAAAUUGCGUGGUUCCGAAUUUUAAGCAAUUAUAUUAGUGUUGUCUUUCCAUUGAUUCUCAAAUUAUUGGGAUCCUCUCGAAUUCAUGAUGCUCCAUUCUUUGUCAGAAUCUACCCAGCCAUUAUUGAA